AUAAAUACCUGCGGACACAGGACGACACCACAAGAACUCAACACCUGCCGCUGAACACAGCCUCCUCCACCAACGCCUGUACCUCACAAUGAACGCCAAGGUGCUCCUCCUCCUGGCUCUGGUGGCAGCCGCCGCCGCAGAGGGCUCUCACUCCCACGAGGACUCCUACGGCGCAUCCUCCGAGGAGGCCAAGUAUGAAUUCAACUACCAGGUAAAGGACGACGAGGGCAACGACUUCGGCCACGAGGAAAAGCGCGACGGCGACUACACCCAAGGCUCCUACUACAACGAGCUGCCCGACGGCCGCCGCCAGGUCGUCACCUACGAAGUGGACGGCAACUCCGGCUUCGUGGCGGACGUCAAGUACUCUGGCGAGGCCCACUACGACUCUGGCUCCUACGAGUCCAGGUCCAGGGAGUCUAGGUCCCGGGAGUACUACAACUAGUUCUACCAGGAGCAGCGCACACAGCGGCGCCGCCUGACCCGCCACUCACUCACACGUCGGCUGAGCCCAGCCUGGGGCGCCGCGUCCCGCCACACACGCCCACACCCUCCUCCAUGGCGCGUGUGGACAUCGCCUUACGUUCGUCGAUCACCUUCGCUAUUGUUUCUUUGUAAUACUCUUACUAUUUAUUAAAAAUGUCAAAAUAAGAAA